AUGCUCGUCUUUCGCCCUCUUCGUACACUCACCACGCCGACAUUACUUCGUACACGCGCAUUUUCAGCUCCACGAUCGAGCAUUAUAAGAACAAUGGCCUCCUCAAGCGCACCGCUGCAAGAGUGGCUCGUCAUCGUGCCUGACCACGAGGGCGCGCUGCAGAAGCGCAUUGCGGUCAGGCAAGAGCAUUUGGGAGGAUUGAAAAAGGAUGAUGACAGUUUCUGGCUCUGGGGUGGUGCUAUGCUCGAAGAGCCCAUUAAAGAGGGCGACUCCGGCCCACCAAAGAUGAAGGGCAGUGCUAUGCUGAUUGGUGCGAAGACGAGGGAGGAGGUCGAGGAGAGGCUGAAGAAGGAUGUGUAUGUUGAGGGCGGCGUGUGGGAUUUGAGUAAGGUGCAGAUCAUUCCUUUCAAGAGCGCGUUGAGAAAGGCUCUGUAG